GCUCCACCCCUUGUGUCCUGUCUCCUAGGAAACACUAACAAACAUGGCGGAGUAACUUGCGCGGUUAGAGAAAGUAAUUGUGAGACGAUAUCCUACCAAGGAAAGGACAGUCUAGCUAAGCGAGGUAACAGCUUUAUGUUUGUUAAAUGCGAUACAACCUAUAUUUUGCAUUAAUUGUACAUUAGUUGCUUAGCUUUCUAGCUUUCCAAGCUAGCCCAUACCGAGUGAAGGACACCCCAAAUUCCAAAAUAAGGCGAAAUGAACGUCGAGGACAGGGAAAGUCCAUCUGAUGUUACGUCAGAGAGGAGUGGACAGCUGGGCGUCCACCUCAGCGCUGAUGAGGACAGCAAGAACGAUGGUCCCAGCCAGGAGACCUUUGCAGAUGACGAGCCAGUCCUUCCUCCUGAUUUGGGGUGGUUAGAAGAGUUGUAUGGAGAAGAUGACGGUGAUGGUGAUGGUGACCCUGACCCUUCAGUUGUGGCUGACAGUGGUAAGAAGAGGAGUUGUGCCGCGACAGCACGGAUGUUCAAGCUGAGACGAAACCUGGACCAGCUGGACUGCUUUCACCGACAGAAGGAGCAUGACGUGCUGAAAGCCAGAGAAGAGCUUAAGCUCUGUCGUCAGAACAUUGAGACUUUGGUGGAGCAGAGGGAUCACUUGGAGAAAGAGCUAGAGAGACAGAAAGCAGCAGACAACAGUGUGGCGGUGUUUCGUUUGCGAGCUCAGCAUAAGCUUCUGUGUCAAAAGCUGCAGGGCGAAGAAGAGCUCGAGGGCCACAUCCACACUGAGCUGAAACAGCAAGAACUGAAGCUGAGUGAGGUGGAGGCAGAGCUUGGCAGGUUCUCCUCGCUCCGGCAGGAUUUGCAGGAGGAGGAGCAGGUCUUCCAGGUCCUUAAGGCCCAGAAGACAGUGACAAGACUGCAGCAGGAGAAGAAGGCCAGCCAGAACCUACAGCUCAAGAUCCAGCAACUCAGGAAUAAACAGGCAGCCAUGCUGAUGAAAGAGGCAACUGACCGUCAGAAGAAAUCUGAAGCGCGCAAGGCGACCCGAAAGAUAGCUGCCAAGCACUUGAAACAGACCAUUAAAAGGAUGCAUCAGCAAGAGGCUGAGAAAGAGCAGCAGAACAGGGAGUUACUGGAAAAGAGGAUACAGGCUGUCAAGUCACUGAAAUCAAACAUAGCAGCCACCCAAGAGAGCUUACGGGUCCAACAAAGAAAAACCAAAGCAAACGCCCAGAAGAAAGAGCAACAACAGAGACAACUGAGAGAAUCCCUGCAGGCCCAAGGCAUCGACAGUAUCAAGCAUAUGUACCAACAGAAACAACUAGAGGAGAUAAAACAAAAACAAGAGGAAUUCGCAGAGCGGCAGAAGUCAAAGAGAGUGGAAAUUGUGGCAAAAAUCCUUCAGGAGGAACAGCUGGUAAAGAGCAGAAAGAGGCACCAAGCGCUUCUGCCCAAACUCUCAACCACAAGGAGGUUCCCAUCUCUGGGGACAGUAAGAGAGAAGCUCCUGUACGACUUGGAGCCCUGCCCCCCAUCAGCCACUGAGAAGAGACCCAUAAUAUUGAGAGAGUUCAGUGACAUUAGCAGCUCAUCAUGUGCUUCCACUGAUGUUGAGGACCUGGAGGAAACCAUGCACCAGGAAGGGGACCACCAGAGUCUUGCUGAAAGUCUGGCUGAGCCUGAGUUUUCUGGGCUGUGGGACCAGAACUGCAAGAAGCUCCUGAAUGAGAAAACUACGUUGGUGCAGACAGAAAUAAAGCAAGAAGAACCUGGACUGGCCAGUAGAAAGCUCAACAAGCCUGUUAAAAAAGUUCAUGGAAAAGAAUUGAAAGGACCUCCAUUCAUCAGUAAACCAGAGAUCAUCUUCUUCAAGGACUUUGAAGUGGGAAAAAUAUAUAAGAAGAAAAUCAUCCUGACUAACAUCAGCUACAACUCUAAUCACUGUAAGCUUCUUGGGGUCUCCAGGCAUCUGAAGGAUGUUAUAUCCAUCAACUUUGAACCUCCUGGUUCUUUAUCUUCUGGGAUGUCCUGUGAUGUGCAAGCUGUUUUUCAACCUAUGAUCAAUGAGAACCUGGAGGGAGAGAUCCAGUUUGCAUCAGCGAUGGGUCCAUUCUCUGUGCCUGUCAGAUGCACCAUAAAGAAAUGUGAUCUGGAGGUUGACAGCCAGUUCAUUGACUUUGGCUUGCAUGUGGUGGGUCAGACUAUUUCACGGACUCUCACCUUGACCAAUAAGGGUGCACUGGCCACCCUCUUCAGCCUGGACACCUCCACAUGUCUCAGUCCAGAAACUAGCCAGGUCCAGGUGCCAUCCCAGGUCUCUGUCAACACAUGCCAGGACUUAAGCAGUCAAAACAUAACAUGUGACAACCAGAGGAGCUCUGCAUCCCUAGAAACUCAAGAACUCCAGACAAAGCAAGACAGUCGGGAGCUUUCUAAUACGUUGCAGCUAGAGCAGCCAGAGGCUACAGAUCCAGAACUUACUCCUGAAGUGGAUGUCCAGAUGGACCAGAGCCACUCAGACUCCAGUGACAUCAGUUUCGGAAAUGUUAGAGAGGGGGAGAUUGGACCUUUUGAAAGCAUCAAACUCCAGGUUAUAUUCACUCCAUCCAUUCCAGGAGAAGCCACACUGGAUUUCCAGAUCAAAUUCUCUGAUAUAACCAGCAAACCAAUACCUAUCCAGGUGAAGGCUGUGGCAGUCAACGUUCCUGUAUGGGUAGUCCAGCCCAGCAUUGACCUGAAGAUCUGCAUGUUUGACCACCUCUAUCAAGACAGUAUCAUGGUCCAGAGCAGGGCCGGCACAGCCUUGAAACUGACCUUUGAGGUGUGCCCAGAAAUGAGGAAACACAUGGAGAUCCUACCAAAGACAGGCUUCAUCCAGGCUCAUUCAAGCUUUAAUGCCCAGCUCAAGUUCUUUCCAAGAUGUUCCUUAGCCAAAGAUGGCAAGAAGUUUUUUGACAGAGAUACAGGAGUCCUGGAAGUCCCAAUGACAGUGCAAGUGGCAGGCCAGGUGAAGCCUGUCCAUGUCACAGUCCAUGCAAUUGUGACCUCAUCAGACCUGCAGUUUGACCGGACUGAGGUGGAUUUUGGCUACUGUUCCAUUUACCAAUCAGUGAAGAGCAGCGUUCGUCUUACCAACCUGUCUCUGCUUCCUCAGGACUUUGGCUUCCUGUGUGUUCCAGAGUUCAUUGAGGUCCAGCCUAAUGAUGGUUUUGGCACUCUGCUUCCACAAGAAACACUGGAGAUUGAUUUGAUUUUCAGUGCCACCAAGGCCAAAGAGUACAACUUCCAACUCAGCUGCAAAUCUGGAAUUAACAGAGAUUUCUUUCUGUCUUGCCGAGCAAUUGGUGUCCGCCCUCCAUUAGGGCUCUCCCAUUCUCUGGUCCAGUUUGGGGCCACAGCAGUAGGUGACCACUCCAUCGCUGUACUUUACCUGAUCAACCAUGAAACCAACCAUCAGAUUAAACAACCAAUUUCUCCAGUGGCCAAGGACCCCGGGGUUCCUGUAGCCCACAGGCUGUUCUCCUUCACCCCACCUAAGGAUUCAGGCAUCAGCAUCACUCCUUCCGCCGGCUGCCUGCUACCUGGAGAGAGGUGUCUGGUCCAGGUGACAUUCAAACCCAGACUGCUGGACCAUGAGAUCAAAGAGGAGGCGCUGCGUCUCCUCCAUCGAGCCAAGUUGCUUCGUGAGAAGGAGAUGGAGAGGAAAAGACAUGCUGAACAGGAGACUAAAAAGCAGGUCCCAGUGGAAACCAGUAAAGGAAAGAAGAUGUCUGUAAUUCCAAACAACAGUAGUGUUUCAGAAGACCCAAAGUCGGACCAAGCAAUUGAAUCACCAAAUCCUGCAGACAUACAGCCAGGGUCAGAGCAGUAUGAGGAGGCCAGAGCCUCUCUGCUGUGCUCGUUCACCCGACGCUACAGCGAGUACAUUGUUCCCUGCUUUGUGUCUGACGGAAACCUUCCAGAGGAAGACCAGCAGGCACAGCCGACAUGGAGUCCCUUCAAUACGCUGUACUUGAAGCUGCAGUGCCCUGCUGUUCAGCCCCCUCUAGUGGUAAUAUCCAAUAAUGGACACAGUAUCAUAGACUUCCAUCAGGUGGCAGUAGGAGAAAGGGUAAUCAAGAGAUUUACAGUCCAGAACAUUUCUACAGAAUCAUUGGAUCUGGGGUCAUCUGUGCUGGAUAUAAAUGGUGCUUUUUCCCUUCUGAAUGCUCUCAGAUGUAUACGACCUGGAGAAAAGUACACUCUGGUACUGGCCUUCAGUCCUUCUCUGGAGAAAAAGUACUGUGAGACUCUGGAGGUGCGGAGCCAGAGGAUGACCCUGGAGGUGGCUCUGUGUGGGGUGGGUGUGGUCCCUGCUGUCACUUGCUCCCACCCUGGAGGUCUGCUUGACUUUGGCUACGUGUUGGAGAAGGAGAGCACCUCACAGGUCCUGAAGCUGCAGAACAGCUCAGUGGUGGCAGUGGGUUUCAGAGUGCAGUUGGCCAGCCUUUCUCCAUUCAGUCCUCAGGGUGGAGUUGACAGAGUGAUCUCCCUGCUGAGUCAGGUUCAGUCUACUGUGGGAACCCAGAACUACAGCGGGCUGAGUGUGUUUAGUGUCACGCCAGUAGAGGGCAGCAUUCCUCCAGGACAGAGCCAGGACAUUACUGUCACCUUUCAACCUGACCACUCAUCUGUCAACUACUCUGACAGACUAAGCAUAGAGCUCAAGAAUAAGAGUGAAGUGUGUGUGAUGGAUCUGAAGGGUGCAGCUUCAUCACAUAACAUGUAUCUAUAUGGAGGAGACCUACUGACAGUGCCCAUUGAGUCCCUUGUCUCUCCACUGACAACCAAUCAACCUCAGCUCACAGCAGAGCCUGUGGUGAUGGAGAAGCCCACCAUCCCUGUGCUGGUGACCCUGCGGGCCAGCUACAAUGCAGGAGCCAUUGCACCUGCAGUGAGAGAGCUGCAGGUGGGAUGCAUCCGCUCCACACAGCUCAGUAACAAGAGUGGUGAGUUUCUCUGGGAUAACGUGGCAUCCCUGCAACAGCAGGGCUUCAGUGUAGAGCCCAGCAAGGGCACUGUGGAGGCAGGCCACAAACGCACCAUCACUGUCACAUGGACCCCCCGCAGUGGUUACAAGCCCUGUGAGGUGGUGCAGACUUGUGUGCCUGUUACUUUGAAGGGGAAUGAGACCAAUGUUUACAGUGUCACCCUGAUGGCUUUGGUCUCCACCACUGCUGAAUGACCUCUGCAGUACCUGGAUGUCAGCCAGUGGGAAUCAGCUCACACACCUUCACACAUACUUAUCCAAUACAGAACACAUAAGACAUAUGAUAUACUGUACAUUCCACAUUUAUCAUCCAACAUAAACAAAUGGAUUAAUUAUUAAUGCUUUUAAUGUUAUAAUUAAAUGUGGAAUUAAUUAAAUAUUGUUCAAGAAUCUGAUUUCAUUUAACUACAGUGAUUGUAUAGCUUUCAUGAGACUAAUACACAAGUCUUAGAACAAGACCGCAAUGGUUUGGAAUACUGGGGUGUCUGAGCAACACAUCAAAUGAGUAGCAUUUUUAAUUUAAAAAUAUUUUUUCCUGUAAGAGAAAGCAGGUUUCUCAGCAAGUCAGGCAUAGAUAGAAUCCUCCUCUUCCUCUUCCUUCUUCUUCAAAAUAUUGUGUGUAACUGUAUUUUACAUGUGCUUUGUCUCAGUUCUUACAACACGUAAAAUAAAAAACCUUCACAUAAAA